ACCAAAAUUAGCCUGCACGUACUGCACUCCCAAUUUUUAACUACUCCCUUGCCGCCAAAAAUUUCCCGGCAAAACUUUCGUCAUUUCUGGCGCGCGAAUAAAGUCUGAAACAACCAAAAAAAGGAAAAAAAAUCACAAGAAAUUCAUGUUCCCGCCAUUAAUCCGCCUUCAUUAAAAUGCAACGCCAAAUCUCUUUCUCUCUCUCUUCAUCCAAAUGGAUCUCUCAGACAUAGCAAAUAAACUAGGGCUUUCUGAAUCCAAACACCUGGUCCGCAAAGCCGCCGAGUUCCGUCGCCUGUGUGACGUCCAAUUCGACUCCUCCGUUAUCGGAGUCGGAGAGAUAUGUAAGGCGAUAAUAUGUUUAGAGAUUGCUGCUACAAGGUUUCAAGUUAUAUUUGAUCGUCAAAGCGCGAUAAGGUUGAGCGGGAUGUCUGAGAAGGCUUACAUUAGAUCCUUCAAUUCAUUGCAGAAUGGCCUUGGUGUCAAGAAUCAGCUUGAUAUAAGAGAAUUGGGUAUUCAGUUUGGAUGCGUUAGGCUCAUACCCUUUGUCCGAAAAGGCUUGUCUCUCUACAAGGACCGGUUUCUCAUGUCAUUGCCUGCUUCUCGUCGGUCAAGUGCUGACUUCACUCGACCUGUAUUUACUGCCGUGGCUUUCUACUUGUGUGCAAAAAGACACAAGCUCAAGGUAGACAAAAUUAAGUUAAUCGAACUCUGUGGCACGUCAGAAUCUGAAUUUUCCAGUGUCUCUACAUCCAUGAAGGACCUGUGUCAUGAUGUUUUUGGGAUAUCAAAGGAAAAGAAAGAUCCAAGAGAUGUGAAAGGGAACCGAGAAUUGCUAGAUGCAUUGCCUGAGAAAAGAACAUUUGAGGAUGGUGGUUAUUUGUCUGAUGAUGCAAAAGAGCUCUCGUGUUACAAGAAGCGUAAACGAGUGGAGAAAGUUGCUUACGAGGAUUGGAAAUCCACUGUACUUUCAUCUAAUAACAAAAGCAAAGCAAAAGAUGUUCCUAGCAAGCACGCUAAGCAAGCUCGACUGAACUUUGCGAAGGAGGCUCCAGAAACCCAAGAAGUGGGUGCUUUGUGAGGGUCAUUGUUCCUCUCCUGCCAUCGAGUUUUUGUUCGUUUUUUGGUGCAAGUGCUCACAAGGAGAAGAGAUGAUGGAAGUACACCAGUUUUUCUAUACUUUGAAAGAACACAAACUUUUUGAGGGUUGAUUAAUUUGUUCUAAUGGUUUGUUUUUAUCAAUUUCUAUGUAUUGCGUGGAUUUAAGCCCUACGUUGAGCAGCAUUGUACAGAAUGCAAGUUACUGUCUAUACAUUACAUUAUUAACUUCCAAAGAUAACCUCUCUCAUUAACAUUGUAUUUGAAUAUCUUAGAAAGAUUUAAUCAAAUAUUCAUAUUAUGUUUUCAGUUUUUAUAA